AUGGUGGUGACUGUCAGCAUGGACAGGAAUGCUGCAGCAGCCGACAGUGGCAAUGGCAACGCGGCGGCGCGGCGGUUAGGGCAACGCGGCGGCGAGGGCAAUGCAACGGGUUCAAUUGAAGCCAUCAGACAUGCUCUUCAAGUGCUCCCACAGGAUAAUGUUACUCUGAAAUUCCUCCUCCAAGCACCAGGUGGUGUGAGUACCAGUGACAUUGAUCUGGCUGUUACCACUAAGGCCAUUAUAUUUGGUUUCAAUGUGAAAGCACCGGGUUCAGUUAAGAGCUAUGCAGAGAAAAAGAAUGUUGAAAUUCGUCUUUGUAGGGUCAUCUAUGAUUUUAUUGAUGACAUGCGAAAUGCAAUGGAAGGACUUUUAGAGCCUGUCGAGGAACGAGUUCCUAUAGGGUCAGCAGAUGUUCGAGCUACAUUUAGCAGUGGCAGUGGACGUGUGGCUGGAUGCAUGGUCACCAAAGGGAAAGUGGUGAAAGAUUGUGGUGUUCGGAUUGUUCGACAUGGGGAGACAGUUCACUCAGGAAAUAUUGAUUCUUUGAGACGAGUGAAAGAGGAAGUGAAGGAGGUGGGUUCUGGACUAGAAUGUGGUAUUGGUGUGAGUGGCUUCAAUGAAUGGGAGGUUGGAGAUGUCAUUGAGGCUUUUAAUACUGUCAAGAAGCAACGAACACUUGAAGAGGCAUCAGCUUCGGUGACAGCUGCAUUAAUUGGUGCAGGUUUUGGGUUAUGAAACAGGCUAGCUGGUGCAGAACAUCUGCGGAGCAAGUAAUUUUUCAUGGCAGAUCUGAGUGGCAUCUGGCUCAAAGGUCAUAAUCUAUCCGCAGCUUCAAACAUACCUUUCACGGCUAUGCUUGCAUAGCAUUUGCCACUCCUUUAUUUUGGGAAAUCUGGCUCUGCAGCAGCCAAUAUUGUAUGCUAAUGCACAUAAAGAAUUUCAGCUGUCAGCUUUUCCUUCUAUUUUUGAGAGAAGGGGCAUUUGUUUAACCUUUUGAUGAUUUGAUCACAAUUACCAGUAAGACACAACGGUAAUGAAAUCAUUGUCAAAAUUUUAUCAUUAACCAUUGUCAAUUUUUUUCCAGACAUUUUCUUCGAUACAUCAGUUAUGUCCAUCCUGUGAUGGUUAUCAGCUGGAUCAUCGAAUUGUAUUGAAUGAACAAAUUAUACCAUUCUACUUAGCGUGGCAUGAUUUGAUGCUAAUUUCUGUUGAACAAGAUGGAUGGAGUUUCUUUUGCAGCCUUGCUGCUUGUAAAAACUUUUACUGCUAGUUUUAUACCACAUUUAUAAAUUCUUUUAUUUUUAUACUUCAAUAAUAUUUUUAUUUGUAGUGCUUGUUAUGAUCUAUACAUGUCCUUUUUUUCCUUCUUGCCUCAUGCCUUCAAGAUUACCUAUCAUAGCUGUGCAGCUGAGCGAACAUGUUUCUUCUGUGUCCCAG